ACAAGAGUUAUCAAUAAUAGUCUAGUCUCGAAGCGAAGGUUAAGUUAUAGGUUGUCCCAGCUAUUUCUCCCCCGACGUAGAUUGUAAAAGUGAAUCAAGGGAAAGGGAUAUAACUAAACUGAAAUUAUUAUCUCAAUUCGGUGCAAUUUAGCUGUACGUUACGAUUACUGGCGAGUAAUCGUACCGUACAGCUAAACGUGACCUUCUUGUUUCAAAACAUAGAGUUUGUUGCGUUAACUGUUUACACCGUAAGGGAUAAAGACUAAGCCAUUGUUUGAUGAGAAGCCCACGCUAUUCGGAGACGAGGCCUCCCCGCCAGUGAGGUUCGUCAUGAUGACGGCAUCGGCCCUGAACGUUGAGUACAAGCUGCAUAGAGUGGACCUCUUCUGCUCUGAGCACAAGUCAGAGUUUUAUACAAGGAUAAACCCUUUGCAGAAAGUCCCAGCGUUGGCUGUCGGUGAACACAUCAUCAGUGACAGCCAUGCUAUAGCUCUGUACCUGUGCAGAAGGAGCCGUGACAAUAAGCUGUAUUCAAAAAGUACCAAAAUCAAAUCCCAAAUUGAUCAGAUGCUGUUUUUUAACUCUGGCACUUUGUUUCCUAUAGAUAGCGCCAUUUUUUCCGAGUAUUUUACUGGCAAAUGGCCUGCUGACGAAAACAAAGUAAAAGAUUGGUAUCGUGCUCUAGAUUAUCUAGAACACCGUCUCAAGGAACACAAUUGGUUAGCGGGAGAUAGGGUCUCCAUCUGCGAUCUUUGCUGUGUGACAACAGUCAGCUCUCUUCAGCUUUUACUCCCGUUGUCAGAUCGCCACUCCAACAUUAGUGACUGGCUGCAAAGACUGCAAAAACUUCCAUUUUAUAAAUUGAAUGAACGUGGUUUGAAACGAUUGAAUGUAUUUGUUGAAAAAAUAAAAUCGAUUUUAUGAAUUA